UUUAAAGGCUUUCAGCCGGGAUCGUUUGAAAUUAAACGAGUGGGGUUCAAGACUGUCCGCGUCUGACACUCAGCUAUCUCUCUUUAUCGAUGCUUCGCUGAUAUUUUUUUUAAUCUUAUGCGUUUCCGUCCUUAUUUCAGUUGGCCCUAGAUUUCAUAGGGUGCGAAAGGACCGCCUAACUUUUCUCUGUCGAGUGUUUUUUUGUCGCCUUAUGUUAGCGUGGCUAACGUAGCUUCGGCUAUUGCUGGUCUUUUAAAGAUUGUUAUUGUUCCCGGUCAACGUGCAAUAAACCUUAAGAUCAUGGAUGCUGCUACCAGAGUCAAAAAGACGUAUGACAUGAAGAUGAUUCGUCCCGAGGUUAAGCCUAUAGCUGAUGGACCAAAGAGGAUUCCUGUAUCUCAACACGCACACAUGGUUCCGAAGGCAUUAGUCACACCGACUCAGCACCAAAACGUUCUAGGUGUUUCAAAUGGACCACAACGAGUUCAGCGACCUCCCGCUCAACAGAAACCUGCUUCCAACAUCGCCGUCGCCGCUCCAAAAUCCACAAACAUGGCUGAUCAGAACGUGAAUCCUGCAAGUCUUAACGCCACUGCUGCACUUCCGGCAUCUGUGCCAAAACAGAAGUAUUCCAAGGAACCACGGUCACAUCCAGGGCAGUGCAACUCAAACACAGGCCCAGCAAAGACUGAGAAAACUCAGGUCAAACCUUCCAAUGACUCAGCUGACAGUUCAUCUUCAAAGAAGAAGUGGAGCUUGGAGAACUUCGACAUUGGUCGUCCUCUUGGGAAGGGAAAAUUCGGCAACGUUUAUCUGGCCAGAGAGCGGCAAAGCAAGUUCAUCCUGGCGCUGAAGGUUCUUUUCAAGAAGCAGCUGGAGAAGGCCGGAGUAGAGCACCAGCUGAGGAGAGAAGUGGAGAUCCAGUCUCACCUCAGACAUCCAAAUAUCCUGCGCCUUUAUGGCUACUUCCAUGAUGAGUGUCGUGUGUACCUCAUCCUGGAGUUUGCACCGAAAGGCGAGCUCUACAGCGAGCUGCAGCGCAGUAACGGUUUCUGUGAAACCAGAAGUGCUACGUACAUCAUGGAGUUGGCGGAUGCUCUCAACUACUGCCACUCCAAGAAAGUCAUCCACAGAGACAUCAAACCAGAAAACCUAUUACUAGGAGCCAACGGGGAUCUGAAGAUUGCCGAUUUUGGCUGGUCUGUCCACACCCCCUCGUCCAGGAGGUCAACUUUGUGCGGAACCCUGGACUAUUUACCUCCUGAGAUGAUCGAGGGCAAAACCCACGAUGAGAAAGUCGACCUGUGGAGCCUCGGCGUCCUCUGCUACGAGUUCCUGGUGGGAAAACCACCCUUUGAAUCCAAAACCCACGAGGACACCUAUCGCAGGAUUUCACGGGUGGAGUACACCUACCCCUCCACAAUCAGCAUCAGUGCGGGGGCCAAGGAUUUGAUCGCCAGGCUGCUCAAGCACAACCCCAUGCUUCGUCUGCCCAUCCAGGGCGUCCUGGCGCACCCCUGGGUCACAGAGAACUCCACCAAGAAGCCCACCACCAUCAGCACUGAUCCCCAGUGAAACUUCUUCUCUUUCCAAUCUCUAGUCUGCAGGUUGACCUGCAGCAGUAACUUCUACUGUCUCAUCUGAUGCAAACGUUCCACGCUGCAUGCCCCUUCACCUUUGGUCUUCCUGUUGUUUCAGGCUCUGUUGUGAACCACUACAGCUUGCUUGUGUGUAAAUAUUUCACUGUUUUGAAUGAGAAUUUUAACAUUUCCUGAAAAGCCUUGACUUGAAACAAUAAAUUAUCAAUUGCCAAUGGUUGGGAUAUAAAUAGAAUUUAUCUUAAUUUUGAGCUCGACUGUCUUAUUCGGGUGAGAAUGUGAAGUCCCCAUUUACCCCAGCAGAGGACGCUGCUGGGCCUCUUGUCUAUAUGGGGUGUUGAGGCGCCAUCUUCGUUCCAAGUGCUGUUGCUGAAAUAAAA